AUGGCCUCCCGCUUCGUCGCCUCCCGCCUGGCUUCUGCCGCCCGCGUCAACGUCGCCGCCGCUUCCAAGCGCUCCAUCUCUGGUGCCGCUAAGCGCACUCAGGUCGUCCCCCGCACCGCUUUCCAGGUCCAGCGUCGUGCCUACUCCUCCGAGAUGGCCAACGCCCUGGUUGAGGUCUCCAAGAACAUUGGUAUGGGCUCUGCCGCCAUUGGUCUGACCGGUGCUGGUAUUGGUAUUGGUCUCGUCUUCGCUGCUCUCAUCAACGGUGUUGCCCGCAACCCUGCUCUCCGUGGCCAGCUUUUCUCCUACGCCAUUCUGGGUUUCGCUUUCGUCGAGGCCAUUGGUCUUUUCGACCUCAUGGUUGCCCUCAUGGCCAAGUUCACGUAA